CUUGUGCAAAAAACGCGUGGGAGUGGCUGCUCAACACCAAACAAGAUGGUCAAAAUGAACGGCAAACUCUUUCUUCUGGUGCUGAUCUUUAGCUGUGUUGCUACUUCUACGGGACAAAGGACAAGCUCUCAACCACCCAACAUUCUAUUUCUAAUGGCAGACCAAAUGAGAGCAGAUCUAUUGUCAUGUACUGGAAACAAACUCUCCAAGACUCCUAACCUCGACCAGCUUGCUACAGAGGGUGUACGUUACACAAACGCCUUCAGCACUACCCCAACUUGCACUCCAGCUAGAGCAGCCAUCCUCACAGGUCUGUCUCCAUGGUAUCAUGGAAUGCUGGGCUAUGGACAAGUAGCCAAUCGAUACAAUUUUGAAAUGCCAAGAGCUUUGUGUGAUGGUGGUUACUACACUUGCUCUAUUGGCAAGGAUCAUUUUGGUUGGAAUAGUACCGCUAACGAUGGAAUCGACCACGGCUAUCAUCAAACAGAUCUCUACGAUGGUCUUGAGAAUGAACUGGACAAUUACGAUCGAUGGCUUACAACGGAGCAGCCGGGUGUGAACCCCAUGGCAACUGGACUGGGAUUUAACGACUACAGAGGGGCUGCUUAUGCACUACCUGAGUACUACCACCCAACGGCCUGGGUUGGUAGAGGAGCCACAUCUUUUAUUGAGUCAUACAAUCGUACAGAUCCGUUCUUCCUGAAAGUGUCCUUCCAUCGACCUCAUAGCCCCUACGAUCCUCCGGAAAGAUGGAUGGAAAAAUUCAACAGAGAUGACAUGCCUCCACCGUAUGUCGGAAAUACUUGGGACAAGGAAUAUGCUCAAACAUACGAUGAACCACCCCCUCCAAUGUGGAAUGGAGACAUCGGAUUGGAUGAGGUCAAGCGAUCACGACAAGCCUACUACGCCAGCGCUGGUUUCGUCGACGAAUGGAUUGGAAAAAUUUUACAAACUUUGGACAGAAAGGGACUAAGAAACAACACUUUUGUCUUCUUCACAGCCGAUCAUGGUGAUAUGAUGGGAGACCAUUACCUCUGGCGCAAAGGGUACCCCUAUUAUGGAUCGGCUCAUGUGCCAAUGUUGCUAAGUUGGCCACCCUCCAUGGAUACUAAAGUGUCUAUCAAACGAGGCACUGCACUCGACGUGGUGACUGAGCUUCGAGACAUUCUACCAACUUUUCUAGACGUUGCAGGCGUGAACAUACCCGAGACAAUUAAUGGAAGCUCUUUACUUUUAACUCUCGAGAAAUCUACUCCGAAUUGGCGAGAAUUUAUCGAUCUAGAACAUGCUGUCGUUUAUAACGAGACUAUUCAUUGGAAUGCGCUUACUGACGGACAAAUAAAAUACAUAUUUCGAGCGUAUUAUCCAGACGAGCAGUUGUUUGAUUUGUCCAAGGACCACAUGGAGCUAACUAACCUUGGCUCUGAUCCACAAUGGAAGUCCACUCUGUUGAAAUGGAGAGGAAGAAUGGUUGCACAGUUUGAGAAAGAAGGCAGGGGAGAGGAGUGGGUGAAAGAUGGAGUACUGCAGAGGAGAGAGAAGACACAAGUCUACUCACCUAACUAUCCUGGGUGAACAUGCAUCCACCAACUGACUGUUUAAUACUGUGUGUAGAUCUAUAUAGAAGUUUUUUUUACCAUGAUAAGCUUAAUUAUGCAUGUGUAUAAUUUUAAAUUAACAGCUAUAAUUAUAGCGAAUGAC